UCCACCGUGUACAAAGCCCAGCACAAUUCUCAGAGAAACGCAAUUUAAGGUAUCGAAGUGAGUAAUUAUACUCUCCUCACCAUUCUUAAGUUACACCUGUCUGUAUCAAGGUUCGUCUUCCCAUUCUCUGUUACCAAAUCUCCUAGGUUUUCUACUGUAUAUCAAUUUCUUUCUCAUUAUUCAUGUUAAUUUUCUAGAAAAUUAUAAUAUCUGCAAGUACUAUCUCUUGAUUCUUUUUGAUAAUAGUUUUCUCUCGUUCAAUCAAUGAUCUCUUUAGGGUUUUGUUCAACAAAUGUCUGUUCAUCAUCAUCAUCAUCAUCAUCAUCAUCACUAGUCCCUUUCACUGUGUUUAUGAUAUAACAACAAUGUUAUCAAUUAUCGGCAGAGUUUAACUGUAAUUGGAAUUAUAGUGCUAGUGGAAGUGUGUGUUGGUUAGGUAUUUUUUUUUUUUUUCCUGAGAAUGGUUUUGGUGAAUUGAAUAAAUGGAGGUAAGAUGAUCAGAAGUGGAGAUGUACGAGGACGGGCAUACCCAAUUGGAGUUGUAAGGAGAGGGUUUUGAGUGGUUACACUUUGUGUGAGAAGCACUUUUCAAUGCAGAAGCUUUUGCAAGAGAAGAAGGAAGUUCCGGCCGGUGAAAGUGACGUAGAUGACCGGAAAAGGAAGGAUAAUAACUCGGAAUGUGACCAGAAUCUGUUGACCGUGGCCGGGAUGGAGGUUUUUGGUGGUGGAGUUCAGGGUUUGUUUGGGGAAGCUGAAGGCACAAAUGGUGGUUCUGUUCUUGAUGGCGAAGGAAUUCCGGUCUCGUCCGGUGGGAAUCGUAGCUUAGUUCCUGAUGGUAAUGCUGGUGAGGACAGAUUGUGUGAAACUACAGAUUGUGUAAAUCCGGCAUGGUUUAAUGAAGUCAACAAUUGGGGUGACAGUUCGAGUAUGUAUGGUGGAACUGAAGGUACGUUUCUUAAUGAGGAAGGAAUUUGGGAUUUGUUUGGUGAAAACCCAGACGAAAAUUGCGGCCCAGAUCUUCAGGGUGGAGUAAUUCAGGUUCAGUCAGGUGAAAUCUGUGGCAGUCAAGAGCACGAUCCGGACCUUGGUGGAGGAGCAGUUCAAGGCAAGUCAAGUGAAGCAGGGAAUGCAAACAGAGGUUCAAGUCUUGAUGUAGAAGGAGCUCAUGGCUGGCCUGGUGGUGGAGAUGACAAUGUGCGUCAGAAGGGAGAAAUUCAGGGCAUGCUUGUUGAGGUUUCCGGAGUGAAUUUUGCUACAGGUGAUGUUGUUGGGAAAAAGAAGCCUGGGAGAGGUAGGCCGAAGGGCUCAAAGAAUAAGAAGAAAAAUGAGAAAAUGUUGCCUGAAGUUGCUGGCAGCAAUCAUGUUGGUGAUGGGAUUGAUUGCAGAGGGAAUUGUGCUAAAGAUGAGGUUGUUGGGCAGAAAAAAGAUGGGCGAGGCAGGCGAAAGGGUUCAACAAGUAAGAAGAAAAUUCUUGCAGCUGCAGAAAAUGAGACAAUGUUGCCUGAAGUUGCUGGCAGCAAUCAUGUUGGUGAUGGGAUUGAUUGCAGAGGGAAUUGUGCUAAAGAUGAGGUUGUUGGGCAGAAAAAAGAUGGGCGAGGCAGGCGAAAGGGUUCAACAAGUAAGAAGAAAAUUCUUGCAGCUGCAGAAAAUGAGACAAUGUUGCCUGAAGUUGCUGGCAGCAAUCAUGUUGUUGGGCAGAAAAGAGAUGGGCGAGGCAGGCAAAAGGGUUCAACAAGUAAGAAGAAAAUUCUUGCGGCUGCAGAAAAUGAGACAAUGUUGCCUGAAGUUGCUGGCAGCAAUCAUGUUGGUGAUGGGAUUGAUUGCAGAGGGAAUUGUGCUAAAGAUGAGGUUGUUGGGCAGAAAAGAGAUGGGCGAGGCAGGCCAAAGGGUUCAACAAGUAAGAAGAAAAUUCUUGCAGCUGCAGAAAAUGAGACAAUGUUGCCUGAAGUUACUGGCAGCAAUCAUGUUGGUGAUGGGAUUGAUUGCAGAGGGAAUUGUGCUAAAGAUGAAGUUGUUGGGCAGAAAAAAGAUGGGCGAGGCAGGCCAAAGGGUUCAACAAGUAAGAAAAAAAUUCUUGCAGCUGCAGAAAGGAAAAUUCUUGCAGCUGCAGAAAAUGAGACAAUGUUGCUUGAAGUUGCUGUCACCAAUUAUGCUGGUAACAGGAUUGUUUUCAGAGGGAACUGCGCAAAAGAUGAGGUUAUAGGGUGGAAGAAGGAUGGGCGAGGUAGGCCAAAGGGUUCAAAAAAUAAGAAAAAAAUUCUUUUGGCUGAAGAAAAUGAGAGAAUGUCAUUAGAAGUUGCUGGCAACAAUUAUGUUGGUGAUAAGAUUAUCAAGGAGAAAGACGGAAGCAGCUGGCCUAAGGGUUUAAACAAUAAGAUGCUAACUCAUGAUGGUAAAGAAGAUGACCAUGUGGAUUCCAAUGUAAAAAAUGUUGAUGGUGACAAUAAUGUAAUUAAGAAGCGCAAGGUUGGCCAACCCAAGGGUUCAACAAAGAGAAAGAGGCUAAUUCUUGCUGCUAAUGAGACUGGCGAAGUUGGCUGGGGAAAUGAUAGUGGACAUGAGAAUGCAAAUUCCCAGGUUUUGAAGAAUGAGACGCCAAUUCUUGCAGGAAAAGAAUACCAGAGUCAGGAUAGUGGAGUUGCACACAAAAAUGAUGCUAAAGAUGAGAAUGUAUCUCAGGUUCCACAGAGUGAAAAACAAAUUCUUGCUGCCAGUGAGGAGCAGACUGGGGCCAGUGGUUUUGCCCAUGGAAAUCAUGGUGGAGAUAAGAAUGUACUACAGGGUUCAAAGACUGAAAAUCUAACUCUUGCUACUAAAGAUGAUCAGAGUCAUGCCAGUGAAGCUGGAUGUAAAAAACGUUAUGGAUAUACGAAUGUAGCUAGGAAACAGAAACGGAAGCGUGGCCGACCGAAGGGCUCAAAGAAGAAGCCGCGGUUAAUUAUUGCCGGUGAAAUCCUGAGUUGUUCCAACAAAGUAGUGAAAAGCUUGGUAAUGAAUAAGGAUGCAGGACGAUUAUUAGCUCAAUCCAACAGUGUUCAGAAAAGGCCUAGAGGAAGGCCAAGGAAGUAUGUCGAUGAACGUUGCAAAUCCAUGUGCAUUGGGGAGGAAUGCUUCACUGCAAAACUAAAAGCAAAUGGAAUGGUGAAUUCAAGAUUAUCAGAUGCUACCAGUUUGAAAAAAGAGCAGGGGAGGUUGAUGUGUCACCAAUGCUUGAAGGUUGACAAGAUUGGUAUCAUCUUUUGUUCAAAUUGCAAAAGGAAACGCUAUUGCUACGAGUGCAUCGCAAAGUGGUACCCAGAAAGAACAAAAGAUGAAGUUGAGAAUGCAUGUCCAUUUUGUCGAGGUUACUGCAAUUGCAAAGCUUGUCUUCAAGCAGAAGUGGUUGUAAAGACCUGUCAUACAGAAGCAGAUGAUAACAUCAGAUUGCAAAGGUCGCUCUAUUUGCUGCACAGGACUCUGCCUGUCCUCAGGCAUAUUUUAGGGGAGCAGAGGUCUGAGCUAGAUGUGGAGGCGAGCAUACAUGGUAUGCAAUUGACAGAAGAGGAUAUAGCAAAAUCUACACUUGAUAUAGAUGAUCGCGUGUACUGUGACAACUGCAAUACGUCCAUUGUCAAUUUCCAUAGAAGCUGCCCAAAUCAAGAUUGUUCUUAUGAUCUAUGUCUCAAAUGUUGUCGAGAACUCAGAAAAGGUUUCCAUCCUGGAGGUAAUGAAGUGGAAUCUUGUCUCAAACAGUUUGUUGAAGGGCAAGGUACAGACUUGAAGGGCCAGUUUUUUGAACAUCAAGGGAGAUAUGGUUGGAAGAGCCAAGGGCCCCUUCCAGAAAAUGAUUGUUUUGCUGGUAUAUCUUGCAACUUUCCUGAUUGGCAAGCAAAGAUGGAUGGCAGCAUCCCAUGUCCUCCAAAAGCGUGUGGAGGUUGUGGUUCUGGGAUAUUAGCACUUAGAUGCAUCUUUGAAGCUAAUUGGGUCGACAAACUAAUUAAAAGUGCGGAGGACAUUAUUAUCAAUUAUCACUCCCCUGAUAUUGAUUUUUCCCAGGGAUGUGCUUUUUGCGUUCCUAUCAGUUCUGUUGGAGGUGAUGGGAAAGAUCUCUCUGGAGUAAGGCGGGCAGCUUUUAGGGUAAACAGUCAUGAUAAUUUCCUUCACUGCCCGAAUACUGUUGACAUGGAAGACAGUGGGUUUGAGCAUUUUCAAGUGCACUGGAUGAGGGGUGAACCUGUUAUAGUUAGAAAUGUGCUUGCAAAGUCAUCUGGUCUUAGUUGGGAACCAAUGGUCAUGUGGAGGGCUUUCAGAAGUGCGAGAAGAAAACUGAAAGAGGAGACUUUUUGUGUUAAGGCUAUUGACUGUCUGGAUUGGUGCGAGGUUGAAAUUAAUAUUAACCAGUUCUUCAGGGGGUACCUAGAGGGUCGUAGUCAUCAGAAUGGUUGGCCAGAGAUGUUGAAGCUGAAGGAUUGGCCACCGACAAAUUCAUUUGAAGAAUGUUUGCCAAGGCAUGGUGCUGAAUUUAUAUCUAUGCUUCCCUACAGUGAUUAUACCCAUCCAAAAACUGGUCUUUUAAAUCUUGCUACAAAGCUUCCUGCUAGUGCUUUAAAGCCAGACUUGGGCCCCAAAACAUACAUUGCUUAUGGGACUUCAGAAGAGCUUGGUCAAGGUGAUUCAGUAACAAAACUGCAUUGUGACAUUUCUGAUGCGGUAAAUGUGCUGACACACACAACUGAGGUGAAGAUUGCCUCAUGGCAACGCAAAAUCAUUGAAGAAUUGAGGAAGAAUUACAUAGCUGAAGAUUUCCAUGCUCAAUGUGGUGGGACUAAUAACACAUCUGACACGUUUAAAAGAAAACGACCAAAACGAACUUGCAAAGUUAAAUCCAUGGGCAAUAAGACUGCAAAACAAAAAUAUUUCUCUGUGAACAAUCAACAUGAUACAUUGACCACCUCCAUUAAUGGGAAUUCAUCUGUUAAGCCUGAAUGCGUAAAUGGGGAGAUGACAGAACAGGUCGAGCAAUCUGAAUUCAAAAUACUUUGCAGUGGCAAAUUCAAGGAUUCUGCUGAGAGGAAAGAAAAUGCAAGAACCAAUAGCCCUGCCACCGAACAAUUAUGUUAUGCUCAAAUGCAUGAAACUAGAAAUGCAUUAGCUGAAAGGGAUUCAGGCAAUCAAGAUCAUGUUGAAGCUUCUACCAUAACAUUCGCGGAUAUGCUCAUCAGCAGGAAUGAUUUACUGGAUGAGCCUUUCUCUGGCAAUUGCAUAGUUAAUGAAAAAGAAUUGUGCUUACCAGAUGACGUGGGUAACCGUCCUACAACUGAAAAUUGCUCUUGUUCUCUUGGUCCUGAUGCUGAUAACGUAGCUGAAAGAGCAUCACAUAAUCAAGCAUCUGUGCAACCUUUAUAUAGAAUAGUUACACAUAAGCUUAACAAUGGGAAAGAUAACAAGGAUGUGACUUCUUCAGUCAAUAAUUGGGUUGAUGAAUCAGAUUCAUGGAAUUUAACUCUGAAUGAGUUGGAUGCUGGCCCUAACCAUACUGCCAGAUGUGGGGAUGCUGCUGGGAGUAAAUUUUUCUUACCAGAUGAAAUUGAUGUAGGCCCUCACUGUCAUUCUGCUGUAGAGUUCUCUUUUGCUCAUGGGCUUAAUCCUGCAAAUGAAAUAAGCGAUAAAGAUUCACAUGAUGAGAAACAUUCUCAACCUUGUGGUGUACUUGGAAUGAGUCCUAUCAGUGGCAAAGAUACUUUGGAGGCAUGCAAAGAAAAUGAAGUCAGUGGUUCAGAGUCAAUCAAGGCAAAUUCAGUUACAACUGGAGAAUCUCUUCAAAACAAUAAUGAUAGUUCAGAGGUUGUUCAUGGUGGUGCCGUUUGGGACAUUUUUCGUAGGCAGGAUGUGCCUAAGUUAAUGGAAUACUUGCAGAAGCACUGGAAAGAAUUUCACCACAUCAACAAUGCUCCUGUAGAAUCUGUUAUCCAUCCUAUUCAUGACCAGACCUUUUAUCUGAAUGAGAAGCAUAAAGAACAGCUGAAGGAGGAGUUUGAUGUCGAACCUUGGACAUUUGAGCAAUACCUUGGUGAGGCUGUGUUCAUACCAGCAGGAUGCCCACAUCAAGUGAGAAAUAGACAGUCUUGUAUUAAAGUGGCCCUUGACUUUGUAUCCCCUGACAACAUUCAAGAAUGCUUUCGGCUGACAGAGGAGUUCCGUUUGCUUCCAAAAACUCAUAGAUCCAAGGAAGAUAUAUUGGAGGUGAAAAAGAUGGCACUAUAUGCUUCAAGUGUUGCUGUCAGUGAAGCAGAAAAUCUGUUGUUAAAACUCGAUAGUUCAAACCGAGACGGACAAGACACAAAUCCUCCGUUGUAACUGAAGGCUCUCAUGAGCAAAAGCACAAAAGGUUAAGGAGAACAGUUGGCGCGACUACUACUUUUUCUGAAACAUUAUGUAUAUAAAUGUCGGUCGGUAUCAGCAAUUUUUACUAUGAUGCUCUGUAUUAUAUAAAAUGGUUUCAGUUGUAGUGUAGUUUGCAUUUCAGUAA